AUGAGCGUGAAAGCAAAAAGUGACAGUAAUACAAAGCACAGUGGUGAGUCGUCUGACGAAGUAGACUCAUUCGAAGCUGUGAAACCACGCUCGGAAAAGGCAAAACGUUUUCGCGAGAUAGCCGACCGUAAAGCGGACCCAAGAAAUCCGACAUAUGUAACAAUACCCUCAAAAGAAGAAAAUGAAACAAGUUUCGAAGAAGCAACAGCCCGACAAUCGAAGCGACCUUGUUCCCAAAAUAAAUCUUAUAAAUCUUAG